AUGGCCCCAAAGUCACCCCGCCCAGCUCUCCUGCCCCUGCUCUGCCUGGCAGCUGCCUGCCUGGCACUCUCGACAGCUGACGCCCAGUAUGAUAAAUUCCUGAAGAGACAUCUCGACUUCCCCAAGUCAUGGGCUGAGAACGACCAGCUGUACUGCACAACCAUGAUGGGGAAGCGUAGCAUCCGCUGCCAGGGCAAGAACACCUUCGUCCACGCCAGCGAGGCCCAGCUGAGAGCCGUCUGCAGCUCGGGGUUGAGCCACGGGCAAGAUGCCCGCGACAGCCUGGGCACCUUCCGGCUGACCUUCUGCACCCGCCUACCCAAGGGUCCGUGCCUCUACCGGGGCAGCUCCACCAUAGCCCGUAUCCGCCUGGUCUGCCACAACGGGUCGCCCGUCCAGUACGUGAGGCGUAUCUAG